GGUAGAGGCUCGCUUUACUCUCGGAGUUGUGUAGACAUCUCCAAAUUUGCGCGCGGUGGGAGGGGUGUAACUGCUGGUGCUUCACAACUUAUACUGUACAGCGCACUCUGUUUUCCCUAUUCCAAUCAAUGAGUAUUGUUAUUGCCGGACUUCUAUCUGAUUGCCAGACACCUGAAACGCGUCUAUUCAACUUUGUUACAUAAAGGUGCCAUGCUGUUGGGGGUACGUGGAUGAGCCCCCCUUUCAGGAAGCAUGGCGUCGCCAGGAGACAGAGAUGCACUGGUGGAGAGGGGAUACAUCCCCCUGGACAUUGACAAUGUCCACAUGCUUCUGCAGGUGGAGCAAGAGCAAAUUCAGAAGAGAACCUUCACCAACUGGAUCAAUGCUCAGCUCUCGAAGAGGAUUCCCCCAUGCAUGGUGUUGGACCUGUUCAAUGAUUUCCGGGAUGGGUCCAAGCUGCUGGACCUGCUGGAGGUGAUGAGUGGCCAGCGGAUGAGUCGGGAGAGAGGCAGAGGCAUCUUUCAGCACAGGAGCAACAUUGAAACAGCCCUGUCCUUCUUGAAGAAGAAAUCGAUCAAACUGGUCAACAUUAACAUUCCCGACAUCAUCGACGGCAAACCAUCCAUCAUCCUUGGCUUGAUCUGGACAAUCAUUAUGCAGUAUCAUAUUGAGGAGCUGGCCAGCAGCCUGUCGUUCAGCUCCCGUCAGUCCUCUCUGGAGUCACUGGCCAGCCUGGACUCUCGCUCCACCCUGUCGGCCCGCUCUACUAGCAACAGCCCCGUGCCCCCCAGGGGCUCCCCCCUACACCAGCGUUUCCGCAUCUCUGCCAAGAAAGCUCUGCUGCUCUGGGUCAGGGAACAGUGCCACAAGGCUGGCUGUACUCUGAAUGUGAAGGACUUCAAGGCCAGUUGGCGGAGCGGUGUGAUCUUCCUGGCCAUCCUGUAUGCCCUGAGACCUGACCUGGUGGACCUGUCCAAGGCCAGAACCAGAACUAACCGGCAGAACCUGGAGGAGGCCUUCCGCACUGCCGAGCACGAGCUGCGCAUCCCCAGACUACUGGAGCCCGAUGAUGUUGAUGUGAGAGACCCAGAUGAGAAGUCCAUCAUGACCUACGUGUCCCAGUUCCUCCAGUACUCCAGAGACAUGCCUGUGACAGAGGAGGACAUGCAGAUGUACUAUAUGACUCCUCCUAAAAGCCUCUCUCCUGUCAACCUGCCCACUCACUUCACUCCUGCCAUCGCUGCCUCCCCUCUGCGCCAGGCUCGCCUGCUCCAACCCCUACUUAUGAGAUCAGCUCCUUGUCAAGAACCUGAACCCUCCAGAGCUGCUGCUGCAGCUGCGACCACAACCAAUCAGAAGACCCAGGAAGUGACCUGCUGGCUGUUGCAGGCCUAUCAGGAGUUACUGGAAGGCUGGGACUCCACAGAAGGCGAGAGCUAUGCAGAGAGAUACCAUGUGUUCCAGACCUUUGUGGUGUCCUUUAACGAGCAGCGUCGCCCCGUGAUGCCUCUCCUGACAGCCAUGAAGCGCACCCCCCAGCUGAGUGAGGAACAGAGGAACCUCAGGGGGGCUUGGGACGCCCUCGCCGAGAAGCUGCGUGAGUAUAAGACAGAGCUGGACCUUAGUCUGCCUGCUUCCCUGGACAUGGUGGGCCGCUGGCUGCUUAGGGCUGAGGGUGCGCUGGCUGAGGAGGAGGGGGACCCUCAGGACCACGCCCGCGCCGCCGAGGAGGCCAGGGAAAAAUUGGAUCUGCUAAAGACAUCCCUGGAUGAGAUGCCCCAACAACUUAAGAACUUUCAGAAGUUCCAGAAUAUGGAUGAAUAUGGAGCCAUCCUGGUGCCUACUGACAAACUGGAAGAGAUGAAGAGAAGGUUCACCAGUGUAAGAGUCACUGCCAAGUACCAUGGGAUCAAACUGGAGUACCAGGAGCAUCGGCACACAGUCCUGGACCUGCUGGGCCAGAUCAACAGCAAGCUCCGUGUCUGGAAGAGACCCUACAUAUCCCAGGAGGCUGUGCGUGUGCUGCUGCAGGACUGGCAUGAGUUAGUGGAUAAACAGGACCUACCAUCCUUGCUGGAGAGGGCUCUCCUUAAAUUGAAGCUUGUUGCAAGCAAAUAUACUAGCAAAUCUGCCCUAGCUACAGACUCCAAAUACAUAAUGUGCCAAGUGAAGGAGAUGGAGGAGGAGGGUGCUGUGGCUCUGGAGGGAGUGUCUACAGUGAAGAGCACUAUGGGCCGUGUGCUGUCUGCCUGGGACUCCUACUGUGACUGUUACAGCUCCCUGCAGGCCUGGCUGGAGCAGGCCUCAGCCUCCCACGCGCUCGCACAGAGUCCAGAGGUAACAUCUGAGAGUAUGUCAGAGUGGAGUUCCCGCCAGGCCCAUCUGAAUGAGGUGGGGAACUUCCUGGUCCAGCUGACUGACCCCAUGACCAGCCGAGCUCUGGCAGAUGACCUCUGCAAGCUCAACCUGCAUUGGGCGGACUUUAUCAAGAUAACACAAUUUGCUGUUGUAGCUGUGCCCAGCGGAGCCGCAGCCAGACCCCAAGACCUCCAGGCCCUCUUCAGAGAGGCCACCCAGAUCCUGAAGGAACCUGUGGAGACCAUGUCUGGGCCCCUGAGGACCUACACGAAGAAACUACAGUUCAUGAUGAGGAAGAUAAAGGAAGUGGAUAUGGAUGCCCUCUCCCCCUCCACAGAAUGCUCAGCUGAGACUCUACAGAAACUGAAGCUGGCUGUACCUGAGGUGAUGCAGACGCUGGUUGAGGCUGAGCAGGUGUGUGUGGAGCUGCAGCACAGUGUGUCUGGUCUGGACGGCCGCCUGGCAGAGCUCCUGCACUGGGAGACAGAGGCCCGGGACCUCUACCAGAUCCUGAAGGCAGGAGAACGCAGGGCUUCACGGUGCCAGGACCCCCGCGCCAGGGUGCUGAUCUCUCGUGGGCUGCAGCUGGAGGGUCAGGUGGUGACAGAGGAGCAGGAUCUGCAGGUGAUGGUGAUGACAGGACAGAAGAACUCUCCCCUCCAGUACCUCCUUGUCUCCACCAUGCAGGACAGAGUCAGAGCUGCCGUGGCUCAGUCACAGGAGGCAGUUGGGAUGCUGAGCUCUCUGGGAGCCAGAAGAGACAGAAGCCAAAGCCCCACAGAAGACCAGCCCCCACCCAAGAUCUUCAUCCAGCCUGAAGAGGGAACUCAACCCAAACAGCCUCAAUCACUCUCUCUUGCCAGGCAUGUAACUCAGGCCUUUGAUCAAUUAGCAUCUCAGCCUGAUGUGAAGCCACAGCCACAGUCCCAGCCUUCCCCUAAACCACAAGCUCAGGCCCAACACCCACCAAUACCACAGAUUAUAGUCCAGGAAUACAGAGAGAAGAAGGCAAGUCCCAGUCCUCCACUCCUGUAUUCCUAUGCACAAGCUGUGACUCAGUCAAAGGGCCGAGCACAGUCACCUCCAGAGCCACAGGUUGCUGCCCAGAGCAAAAAACACUCUCCACCCCUAACCCAGAAACAACCACUAGUGCAGCAACAGCCACUAUCUCAACAACGGCGUCCAACUCAGCAACAAGUACUCUCUCAGCAACAAGUACUCUCUCAGCAACAAGUACUCUCUCAGCAACAAGUACUCUCUCAGCAACAAGUAGUCUCUCAGCAACAAGUACUAUUUCAACAACAGGUUCUAUCUCAACAACAAAUAUCUGCUCAGCAGCAGGUUCAAAGCCAGAAACAGGCCCAACAACCAGCACAGGCCCAGAAACAGACUCCAUCUCAGCAACCGGAAAAGACACAGAAGCAACCUCUAACCAAGGAAGAGAUGCAGAGCCGGAAGAAUCAACCUCAGGCCAUGAAGAACCGACCCUGGCUCCAAAAGAAGGCCAAGGAUCAGGAUCAGGAUCAGGCUUCAGCCCAGGCUCCAUCCCAAGCUCCAGCCCAGGCUCCAUCCCAAGCCCCAGCCCAGGCUCCAUCCCAAGCCCCAGCCCAAGCUCCAUCCCAAGCCCCAGCCCAAGCUCCAUCCCAAGCCCCAGCCCAAGCUCCAUCCCAAGCCCCAGCCCAGGCUCCAUCCCAAGCUCCAGCCCAGGCUCCAUCCCAAGCCCCAGCCCCGGGUCCAUCCCAAGCUCCAGCCCAGGGCUUCUAA